CAAAAUUUGUUAAAAUAAUACUUAUAUUAUAAUUUGUUAGAAUAAGGAAUGCACUGGGAUCACAUGACAUCAUGAGAACGGAACAGUGAAGAUGUUCGCGAGUAAAGUUAUACUUUUAAUUGGUUUGAGUAUAGUCUCGGCCAAAUCUGGUCCAUUCUAUCGCAGGGACUACAUUUACAGUGAAACAUAUGAUGCAUUCUACAAAUUGCACACUACACCACUUUCCUACGAAGACGCAAUAACUGCGUGUGCUGACGAGGGCAGUAAGAUAUUUUCUCAAAAAAUUGAAAAAGAAUGGACUAUAGUCAAGAAUCUGGCAGAAAAUAAAUAUUUGAGCAAUGUAACACAAAUCUUUGUUGGAUUUCAAGAUCCAUUCAGCGUUCGAGAACUUCCAACCGUCGAUGGUAAUACCGCACCAUUACUGCCUAUGAUUGAAGGAUAUGCUAAAAAAUACGGUUGUAGGCUAAUGGAUAUAGAUACUGGAAAUGUUCUUAGUGAAGAUUGUGCUGUUUCCGAAGAGGAUGGAGAAGAAACAAGAGAAUAUUUUAUUUGUAAAAGAACUAUUGAUGAGCUAUGUCCAACUAUUGAUAGAAAAUAUCGAUAUAGUGAAAAUACCAAGAAAUGUUACAAAAUAAACUACACACAGAGGACUUGGUUACUUGCGGAAAAAACAUGUUAUUUGGAAGGUGGUUUUUUGGCAGUUAUUGAAAAUGAUGCUGAGGCAAAAGCUAUCUCUGAACUAAUAAAUGAUAAUAUAAAGUAUUUUGUUGGCAUUGGUAUUCGACAAAGAUGGAAUGGUAUAGAAAUGAAAAAUGAUUAUUUUAACUUAAAAGGAAAAUAUCUUAGUGACACCGGGUUUAACUGGUGGUAUUCUAAACAAAAUCGUCGCUACAAUAUCAAUGAUGGAGCUGACACAUACGACCGUGAAAAUUAUGAGUGUGAAACUAGCAACUACAAUUACAAUAAUGAUUGUGAUAACAAUGAUAUAAGUAAAGAAAAGGUUCUAUGCGGUGUCGUUGUGAAACAUGAUGAUAUAGGAUACAAACCUUCUGAUUGCAACACAACCAAGCCAUUUAUAUGUCAAAUGGAAGUUCAUAAAAACUGGAUAAUUUUACGUUUAGUAUCUAAGAACUAAGUACAGUACAUUAAAAUCAGUUUUGAAUAUUAUUAGUAUGAAUUAAUCAUACAGUUGUGGGACAUGAAGGGAAAGUACCUUAAAUAUCGUAGGUAGGGUAUUUUACUGAAAUAAGACAUUAUGUUAUUUUUUAAAGUUAGUAAUUCUGCAUUCAAAGGUUUUCUAAAAAUUACUUGCCUCGUCUGGGACUCGAACCAUCUUAAAUGUAAAAAACGGGGACUUUUAUCAUAUUUAGAUUGCAGAAUUACUAACUUUUAAAAAUAACAUAAAGUCUUCUUUCAGUUAAAUACUCUAGCUACGAUAUUUAAGGUACUUUCCCUUCAUCUCCCAUAACUUUGGGACACUGUAUACCUAAACCAUGUUAUGUCAACCAUUUUGUUGUUUGGAUGUUUGUGCCCUAUAAUUUCCAAAAAAGCUGGAUAAUAUAAUACUUUCAGUAGGUAGCUACUAGCUCACCUGAUUUCUAGAAAUCACCACCACCGCUACUCUCUUGCAGCACCAGAGGAUUUAUAAUGAAUUUUCAAGGUUUUGUUAAAUUUUCGACCUAUAAAUAUCGAGGAAUAUUCUCAUUUUUCGGGAAAAUCAUAUGGAAAAACGUCGUCUACGGAUUAAGUACAUAUAGUUUAUUGACACAUAUUUGAACGUUGUUAUGGUAUUUGACGGAUUUCCUAUGAAUGGGAACAAAUACAAAGAAGAUAUUUUUUUAUAUCUGUUACAAUUUCAAACAAACAAAACUAUUAAUAUAUGUGCUGAAAAUAUCACAAAUAAUGUUGUGUUCCAUACAAUAUUAUAAUAAUAAACAUUAAGUUCUU